AUGUCACUUCCAUGUGAAGGAGCAGGAACUGGGAAACUGCCAGUUCAGCAGUGGAUCACCUGGGACUGGCUCAUGUGCUCCAUGCAGCUGCUCUGUGCCCUGGCUGGCCCCACACACCUCUUCCUGCCCAGCCUGGUGCUGUACAUGGCCAAGAUCCUGCCGGGUAACUACUGCUUCCCGGAGAGCCUGAUGGGGAUGCAGGGAGCCAUCAGCAGGCCAUCAAGAGUUGGGAGAGCCUGGGCACCUCAGACACUUGCCCACGUCCUGACGGCGGACGGAGUGUAGAGCUCCUUGAAGGACCCCCGCCUGGUCACCUCCUAUGAGCCCAUGGCAAGUCCCAGUACUCACCAACUUCACACAGAGGAACUGCUUGUCUGGCUACAGAACAUCCGCCAUGAUGUUCUGGAGGGCGACGUGGUCCUGCGGGUGGACGACAUCCCGAGCCAGGAGGUGGUGAGCAAGCUCGGGGGCUUCCUGGCGGCCGGCGUCCGGAGGGAGCUCAGGGGCACUGCAGGGGGGGGCCACAUUUCUGGCAUCCCCUACACCAUCUCCUACCUGCACCCAGGAAACCCGGCCCUGCACCUGGACGCCAUCUAUGACCACCACACCCCCCCCCCCAAUACAACCACCGAGAGGGACCUGCCCCAGGUCCUGGGGGUGGGGGGGAGCAGGUACACUGCCCACAAGGACGUGGUGGUCCUCACCAGCGGCUGCACCGCCCGAGUAGGGAGGACACCGCGCACAUCCUCAGCGGCGCGGGGCCAUCGUGGUGGGCAAGCAAACCGGGACCUAGGCCUCCUGACCCGGAGGCUAGGGCAGCCCCAUUUUCUCCUCGCUGUGCCCGUGUCCUGGCCCCGGGGGCCCUGGGCGGGGGUAGCCCGCUGUGGGAAGGCAGUGGGUGCUGCCUGUGUGGACACGCCAGCUGGGCAGGCCCUAGAGGAGGCCCUGCGGGAAAUAGCGCUGGGGACCGCGUGCCGGCCCUGCGACCGCGUGGAGUUCUCCACUGUGGCUCCCAGGAGGGCCGGGUUGCUCAGCGCCGGUCUGCAGGCUGUGUCCCAGGACCCCAGGCUCCGGGUGCGGAGGGCCGGGUUGCUCAGCGCCGGUCUGCAGGCUGUGUCCCAGGACCCCAGGCUCCGGGUGCGGCCCUGGGGCCCCAACACCUCCGCGGGGCCUGAGCCUGGGGCUGUCCCCGCUCUGCCCCCGCGCUGCCCGCAGCGAUGCCGGAGAAGUUUCCCGGCGGCCCUGGAGGACUCCGGGUCCCAGGGGUCCAUGCUGCGGGGCCAUGAGGUCUGCCUGACCGCAACACCAUCAUCACUCGGGAGCACUUCCGCCUCCCUCCGGGGGCUCCUGGGCUCCAGGCGCGAGGUGUAACUGCUCACCAGCCACCUGCUGGCCAGGGCCACCAAGGAGCUGGCCGUCCUGCAGUCGCCAGGCUGGGCCACGCUGCUGGGCGAGAUCCCUGUCACCGGCGGCCUGGCGCUCACCGUGCCCCUGCGCACCCUCAUCAACAACCGCAGUGAGCUCUGGCUGGGGUGCGGCGGCCCCGAUGGCAUCGGGCUGGCCGAGGAGGCCCUGCACAGGGCCCAGGAGGUGCUGGCAUUCCACCGGGGCCUGGGGCCUGGUAAAGGGCACGUGUGUCUGCUGGAGGCUCACUAAGCACAGCCUGUCGGGCAGAUAGACCUGCUAUGAGCCAAGCUGGCCAGAGCCUACCGCACAGCCAUGGACCUGGAGUCCAUGGCUUCCCAGCUCACGGCUGACCUGUAAGAGGUGUCUGUCUGGAGACUACCAUGCUCUGCCAUGGCUGAGCUGGAGACCAUGAGCAUCAGGCCUCAGCUGAUGCUGCUGGUGUGGCAAGGCUGGUGGGCACGGCCAGCCAUGCUGGUCAUCGAUCUGCGCUACAACCCUGGCAGCUACUCCACGGAGGGGCUGCUCUGUUCCUAUUUUCCUGAGGCAGAGCCCCGCCAGUACCUCUACUCUGUCUUUGGCAGGGCCACCUCCAGGGUCACAGAGGCGGCCCUUCCCCAGGUGACUGGUCAGCGUUACACCCACAAGGACCUGCACAUCCUGAUGAGCCACACCAGCAGGUCAGCAACGAAGGCUUUUGCUCACACCAUGCAGGACCUGUGGCAGGCCACCGUCAUAGAGCCCACAGCUGGAGGGGCUCUCUCUGUGGGCAUCUCCCAGGUGGGCAGAAGUCCCUUAUAUGCCUCCAUGCCCACGCCAAUGGCCCUGAGCGCCAGCACUGGCGAGACCUGGGUGGCAGGAGGAGAGCCUGACAUCACCGUGCCCAUGAGCGAGGCCCUCUAUGCCCGGGACAUAGCGGGCCUGCACGCCAAGGUGCCCCCUGUGCUGCAGACCGCCGGAACGGUCAUGGAUAACUAUGCCUCCCCUGAGGUGGCUGCCAAACCGAGCCAUCUGGAGAGCUGUUAUUCGAGGGUGACCUCUGAAGGGGCGCUGGCUGAGACUGGGGCUGACCUGCAGGUGCUGUCUGGGGGCCCACACCUGAAAUCAGCCCAGAUUCCUGAGGAUCGUGCCCAUGCAGAUCCUUCCAACCACAAGCCUGAGCUCUGUGAUGGAGGCCCCACCAGAGGGCUGCAAGCUGCAGCUCAAAUGAAGAAAUCCGGAAAGUGA